AUGUCAUUACUUGAGCAACUUAAUCGAAUAGAGACUUCCAUUAGUAAUAUUCAAUCUUAUGAAUUUUCCAAGCCUGGGAUAUUUACGAAUGCGAUUGUUAAUAGACCACCAAUAACUACACUUCUUAAAGAUCCUAGUACAGACGAAAGAAACUUGUAUACUGUAACUACUCCCAAGAUUGGCAAUCAGCUACCAAACGAAGUGGAGAUUGAACGGGUGGAUGGUAGGAAAAGGUAUAUUGAGCAUGAUGCAAUUGAAGACUCAUUUUUAUAUGAUGCGAGUACAGCCUCAGCAUCACAGUUCGAAGAUUAUGAUCUCCCGGUUGCUCGAAUACCAACUCUAUUACCGCCAAAUUCUGAAACACAAUCUAAGCUAUUGCUUGAUCUUGAUCAACAACUGAACAGCAAGAGUUGUGCAGAAAAAGUUGAGCAAUUACUUUCUGUUGCAAAUAAGUAUCCCAACUUGAUUGAGAACGCGCGAGAAACAAGAAACAAGUUAGUGUUGUAUUUGAGAAAUGUGAAUGAGUUAGAAAACGAGAUUGCAGUGUUGGAGAACGAGAUUGAUGAGUGCAAGGUUCGGCUAAGAAAUGAACACAAUGUCGCUACGAGUCCUGUGAAGCAGAGGUUUAUUCGAGAACAAAUACUACAGCCACGAGUUUCUGAGCAAGUUGUUGAUAUCGAAGAGUUAAUAGCAAAGGAGGAAGAAGAAAUUCAACUGCUAGAACAAGAGGUAAAUGAUAAAUUAAAGCACUGA